ACAAUUUAUGUAAGCUGACCCAAAAGAAAAUCCCAUAGAAAGAAGGAAGAGCAUAUUCCCUAAUUCUUUGCCCUUCCAUGGCGUCCGCUAAGCGAUGCCAUUACGAGGUCCUCGGCCUACACAUCGACUGUACCCCCGAUGAAAUUCGAUCGGCGUACCGUAAGCUAGCUCUCCAGCGCCACCCUGAUAAGCUUGUCCAGUCCGGUUUGUCACAAGCUGAUGCCACCGCUCAGUUUCAAGAGCUUCAGCACGCUUACGAGGUUCUUUCCGAUCCUAAAGAACGCGCCUGGUACGAUUCCCAUCGUUCCCAAAUCCUCUUUUCUGAUGCCGGAUCGGUUAAUUCCAGCUCUGUUGUUCCUAAUCUCUUUCCGUUCUUCUCUAAUACUGUUUAUUCUGGCUAUUCCGAUUCUGGACGAGGGUUCUAUAAGAUCUAUUCUGACCUUUUUGAUAAAAUUUAUGGGAAUGAGAUUAAUUUCGCUAAGAAAUUAGGAUUGCGUUUGGAUAUGGUUCGUGAAGCUCCGGUUAUGGGGAAUUUGGAUAGUCCGUAUACGCAGGUGACUGCGUUUUAUAAUUACUGGCUUGGGUUUUGUACGGUUAUGGAUUUUUGCUGGGCUGAUCAGUACGAUGUCAUGGCCGGCCCCAACCGGAAAUCGAGGAGGUUAAUGGAGGAGGAUAACAAGAAGCUGAGGAAGAAGGCAAAGAGGGAGUACAAUGAGACAGUGAGAGGUUUGGCUGAGUUUGUGAAGAAGAGAGAUAAAAGGGUGAUUGAUAUGGCUAUGAAAAGGAACAUGGAAAUGGAGAAGAAGAAGGAAGAGGAGAGGGAAAGGAAAAAAAGGUUAGAGAGGGAGAAGAUGGAGAAGCUUAGAACAUAUGAGGAACCUGAUUGGGCAAAGGUUGAGGAAGUUGAGGAGGAUGAAGAAGAUGUGUUUGAGGAAGAGAAUAGGAGAGGGAAAGAGCUGUACUGUGUUUUGUGUGGUAAGAAGUUCAAAAGUGAAAAGCAAUGGAAGAAUCACGAACAGUCGAAAAAGCACAAGGAGAAGGUUGCAGAGUUCAAAGAAUCACUAGAUGAUGAGGAUGAAUCUGAAGAAUUUGUUGAUGAAGGGGAAGGUGAAGGUGAAGAAGAAACUACACGGCAGGAUGAUGAGGUUGAUAAACUAGGGGAGGAGUUCAAGGAAAGUUUUGAUAUUGAGGAAGAAGAAACCGAAAGUGGUGGUGGACUUAGUGGGAGUGAAUACGACGAUGUUCAUGAAGUUGAUAGAUCAGAUAUGGUUGGUGAGGCACUUGGAUCGAAUGACGACGACGAAAGAGAUAUUCUUGAAGCAAUGGCAGCUGGACUGCGAAAUAGGAAAAGUGCAGCUUCAGUGAAUCAGCCUGAAGCUUCCCCAGUCAAACCUCAUUUUGAAAAUGAGAACGAUGAGCCAAAUCCAGCAGAGUUUGAAAAUGGUAAGAGAGGAAAAAAGAGUCGUCGAGCCAAAAAGAAGGGCAAGGGAAACGAUGAAGCUAUGAAUGAAACAGAUUCUCGAAAUUACAAAACUAACGGAGAUGAUUCAUCACAUCAGCAGGAUUCCACUUCCAAUUCGUUGCAUAAUGAUGAAAAUAGUGAUAAGGGGGCCAGUGAGUUGGCCAAAGAACAAAGAGCUUCAAGUAAAUCCGCUGAUCGGAAAGCAGUUGCACAGAAUGACCUGAAGAUCAACUCUAGACACUCAUCUAAAGGAAAGAAAUCCAAGUCAACAUCUAAGGAUUCUGGCAAUUCAUGUGACACAUGUGGAGAGGAAUUCGACUCAAGGAAUAAACUGCAUAAGCAUUUGGGAGCCACAGGACAUGCUUCUUUAAAAUAUCGAUGACAGAAGUAUGUAUGGACAUCAAUUUUUGACACAUACCAAGGUUUUGGAUCAAGUUGCAUACCACACAUUCAACGAAGUGAAAAGUGACAACACAACUUGCAGGAUGCUAUUCCGCAACUGAUCAAAACACCUAAUGAGAAAUAGUGAGUAUUCUAGAGUAUAGCGGGAUUGUUAUCUAUCCAGAAAGAUGUUUGGAAAUUGAUAUAAUUCUUUACAUUUCAUUGUUUUCUUGUAAACUGCAAGAUUCCAAGGAUUUAAAACUUGUUCUUUAUUUAAUAAAAGCAAAUACGAUUGGAGUUUGGCUCUUACAUGUGUAGAGGAGACCCUUGGGAGAGGUCAUAGUACCAGAAGAGAGUUGCUAAGUAUGUUAUUUAGUGGAUUGUCCUUAAAAAGAGAUGUUAUUUAGAGGGACUUAUGAAGCAAAGAUUUGUUCUUACUUACUUGAUGGAUUUUUAUCAAAAGUAAGAUUUGUUCUUACUUACUUGAUGGAUUUGUAUCAAAAGUUCUGUGUAAUUCA